UUCUCUCUUCUGGAGUGGAGGCGGUAAUGGCGACGAACAAUGGAGACGUCUUGAUGCUAGAGGCGGCGCCGGAAGCUUCAAAGCCGUGGGCGAGCGCGGCGAACGCAGAAGUAAUCGACGCGCUUCCUUAUAUCGACGACGACUAUGGCAAUCCACUGAUUAAGGCGGAGGUCGAUCGCCUUGUUGAGGAAGAGAUGCGUCGGAGCUCAAGGAAGCCUGCUGACUUUCUCAAGGAGUUGCCUCCUCUUCCCAAGUUCGAUUUCGAGAACUGCCCAGUCCUCGCCAAAGAGUAUGAGCGUGUUCGAGCUGGGAAGCCUCCAGUGCGGAUCGAUUUUGAGUCCCGGUACAAGCUUGAAUUGCCUCCUGCUAGUAAGAAAAAUGACGAUGCUGCCUGGAAGCAGUAUCUUCAGAAGAAUCAACGGUCAUUGCAACAGAAGAUGAUCGAGCUUGAGAAUUUGGAAAUGAUGUCAAAACAAGGCCCUGAGCUUUGGAGACAGAACAACCAUCGGCUUGAAGUAUUCUUGACCAGAAUGCAAAAACUAGCUCAGGAGCAGAACGAAGAAAUUGAAAAAGUAAAUCGUGAAAGGAAGUAUCAUCAGCAAACCACUGCGUACGAGCUCAAUGCUCUAUCUCAAGAAUGGAGGCAGCUCUGUCUGAAGAAUAUGGAGAUUCAAUCUGCUUGUGUCGUGCUAGAGACAAAAAUCGAUGCGUUCAAAAAGGAAGCUGCUGAAAGAGGAUGGAACUUAGAAGAGAAACUAGAGAGUGCCAAGCCGCUUCAACCGCAGUGAGGCAACCGUGCUAGGGUUGUUGGCCCCCGCUCUUUACUUGCGUUUACUGAUAUGUUUAAGCAUAUCGUUUACGAUUUGUUAGUGAAAAUGAUGUUUUAACCUUCUAUCGAUCUACUAUCAUUUAUCUAUCGGCUAUAGUUUGAAUGUUUAACAUAUAUUUUUCUUUAUAGUAUAAGAUUAUGAUUUGAUAAGAAACAUCUUAGGUUAAUGAGUGUUUCUGUUUAUGCAAUGCGAUCGGUUUACAAAUUAUGAGAGAAUUGUUUUGUUAGGUUU